AUGAAUCAGGGCGGCGUGUGGUAUAAAGCACCGUAUAAAUUGCACCGGAAGGAGCCAGCUGUACACCAAAAGGGCGCGCAGCUUGAAUGGCGGUUUAGAAGCCAUAGCGCGCUACGGCAGUUGCCAAAAGCGAGUAUGGAGGCCGUAGAGCGGGACAUUCGGAGGGUUGACAAGGAGAUAAAGGCCGUUGGGAAACAGAUAACGGCUUGCAAGGAUAGUAAGACAUUACAGAUUUUGUGGACGGAGAAACAGCAGCUCCGAGAGGAGAAGAAGCAGCUCCGAGACGAGAAGAAGGAGCUGCUUCCUCUCCUCCGUAAGCAGGAGCAGCAGCUCCGUAAGCAGGAGAAGCAGCUCGGUGAGCAGGAGAUGCAGCUCGCUUGUUCUGCAGCAGUUCCGGACAAGAAUGUGACAUGCUUCUUUGCUGCACUGCUUAACAUGGCAGUGCCGGAUGCUGGCAAUCUGCUCACUCUGGGCAGUGAUGUGUUCCCACUGCAUAAGGAAAGCAGGCAGCUGUAUGUUCGCGAGUGCUAUCCGGAGCUCUUUAAAGCCAUCUAUGAGUACAAGAACAAGAAGCAUGUUGUUACUGGGACACCUGGGAUUGGCAAGAGCUUCUUCUUCUACUACAUGGUGUUGCAGCUGCUGCACAGCCCAUCACCACCACCCUUCAUCCUUUGGGAGCACCUCGGAAAUCCUGGCCAAAUGUGGUGCUACACGCAUGAGACAGGCCAGGUCCGUCACUCCAGCAGCCGCAUGACCUUUCAACAUGAGUUUGAGAACCGUGAUACCUGGUACUUUGCCGAUGGAGUGCAGCCAAUAACCACCACUGCGGUGCACACAGUGCUGAUAACCCCACCCGUGUAUAAGACGUCCAAGGAGAUGGAGAAGGAAGGCGCCAGUGUGUGGUACAUGCCUGUCUGGGAGUAUGACGAGCUGCUUGACUGCCGCAGCAAGAUGUAUGAUGAAGUCCCGGAGGCGACCGUGGAGAACCUGUACCAGUGCUAUGGUGGCGUGGCACGGUAUGUGCUGCAACAUCCAUUGCUGCACCCGAAUGCGAAAUUGUGUAAGCUUCUGGAGCCGCUGGUCAACGCGAUACAUACAUGUGUAACGACGCAAAUGCCAAUCUGA